UUUCGAGUCCUAAACAAGUCAUAAUGUGCUCUAUACCAAAAUUUAAUUCCAAAUCAUAUAAAAUACUUUAUUGAAUAAAGCAUUUACCUGUACAGAAAAAUGGCAGAGGGGCAGUUUCACACAAGUGUCAUAUAAUUUCAAGAAUUAAAUGAUGUGUUUAUGCCCUGCACACAAAAUUUAUAUUUGGGCUUGGGGAGGGUCUCAAGUCAAAAGGUCAAGAGUCAUUGGUGUUAAAGUCAAAGUCGAGUUGCAAGUCUUUUUUGAUUUUGUUAGGUGGGGUCUAAAGUCAUAAUAUUUGUCAUGUGACUCGAAAAUGUUAUAAUAAUCAGCACUUGUACUUGUGAGGUGUUCAGAACAUUUUGCAUUUUUCUGCAGCAAUAUUAUAAGAGAUGGUAUUUUGAUAUGAGCCAAAUUUUGAAUGCAGUACGUUUAAUUAAAAUGGAGCAUUUACAUUGUUAUAUUGCUACUUUUACCUACGUAAAGGAUCAGAUAGGCUACUUCUACCACCUUUCAGCAACCUCAUCUUAGACCUCGUUGAAUGUAAUGUCCGCUCACUGCCUGUGGAGGGCGGCGAUUCUCCUCAGAGGCGCCGAGCCUCCGUCAAAUUUGGGCAGAGGAAGAGGCAGCACAGUCAAAGCAAAGGGAAGAAGAAGAAUUUAACGGUUCCCGGUUGUUGAACCGCCCCAGUCUCCACGGUGCCGGUGGCUUACACAUUGUUUUGGACUGUAUGGUCCCACCAAUCAAGCGGCUAGCAGUUACUUCACCUAGCUGACGCACCGCGAUGUGUUGACACCUUAACUUACCUCAGUACAGAUCAUUACUGCAACCAAAGACCCAGAGUGAUGGAGGAGGGCUCUGAGGUGAUGGAGGAUAUUGUAUUUCGAGGAGUGGAGUUUUCUGUGAAGAUAGAGGUGGAUAAGGGUUUACUGAUAGUCGAAAUCUCCGACUCAGUGACAGCGGAUCAGUGGAGGGGGGACUUUGACCCAGCAUAUAUUGAGGACCUCACACGGAAAACUGGCAACUUCAAGCAGUUCCCCAUUUUCUGUAGCAUGUUGGAAUCAGCUGUUAGAAAGACGACUGAUUCUGUUACACUUGACCUCUUGACCUAUGCUGACCUGGAGCUGCUGCGGAACAGAAAAGCAGGAGUGGUUAGUCGUCCUCGCGGCCAUCAGCAGUCAUCUGCUCUCACUGCCAAAAGAUAUCUAAUCCUCAUAUACACUGUGGAGUUUGACAGGAUACACUACCCUUUACCCUUGCCCUAUGUGGGUAAGCCCGACCCGGCUGCCCUGCAGAAGGAAGUCAGAGCUCUGAGGGCUGAGCUCAGCGCCGUUGCAUCUCAUGGAGUUAACAAGGCUGCCGAACUAGAAAUGCAGCGGCUACGAGCAGAGCUCGCUCUGGUGAGAGAAGAGAAGGAGGCCAUGUCUAAGGUUCUGGAGCGACUCCAGAUCAGCGGAAGUGGGACCACGUCCAGACGAGAGGACUGGAAGGGCCAAGAUGUGGUGAGGACGCUGGAGGAGCAGCUUGUCAAGGAGAGGGCCAAAAGUCAACGCUCAUCGAGCAAGAGAGGCCAGGAGCAGCGACUCCUAUUGGAGCAGUUGGAGGAGCUGAGAGCGUCAGAGUGCGCUCUCCGUGUUCGUGUCAAGAGUCUCACCAACGAACUGGCGUUACUACGGAGAGGGUUAGACAAUCUAAGCGUCAGAGUGACUCCCGUGUCCAGUCACAUCAGUUCUCGAGUUGAUGGGGAAAUCUAUCGCUCUCUGUCCCGCGAGAGGAGGUCGGCAUACAGGACAGUCAGGGCUCGCUCUGGGUCCAGAGAACGGAUGGAGGACAGAGGGCGAAGGUCAGAGGAAAGAGGGAGAAGAGCGGACUCCUCAGGACCACGUGCUCGCAUACCCAGGCCGUCACCUUCUCCCACUGGGUCACGGGUGCCACGCUUUGACCCAACAGCUUACAUCCAGGACAGACAGCGCAGGCAGAAAGAGGCAGAUCUCAAAAAACAGAGGAAGGUUCGGAGGGACAUGCUAACAUCACCAGUUGUCCCUGAGAGAGGGCGUUCACGUUCCAGAGAGGCCUAUGCUCAGAUGGCCCGGUCCGGCAGCAGAGGCAGGAGUUUAUCUAUGGAGCGGAAAGGGAGCAAGAACUCGUCUGAAAGCUCAUUAGUGGAUAUGGAGGAAAUGACCAAAGCUCUGUUCAGGGGAAGAAAACCGACUUACAAUGGGCCCAGUGUGGUGAGUGACAUGUCUAGAGGAAGCCUUUUGACGAGGAAGCCAUUAUGCAGUACUCCCACACAAAGAAUGAAGGACAAAGAGAGCUCCAUAGAUACAGGUGCAGAGCUCUCAGAGAUUGACGCCAGGCUGCAGGCACUUCAGGAAUACAUGAGGGACCUGGAUACAGGACACUAACAUCCGCUGCACAACCCGCUGCUCAAACCACACAUGGAUAUGUUACUUGACAGCUGCACAGCUUGGAGCUCAGGCCAUCAGGAUUUGUGUAGUCUUUUUAUUUUUUUUACUGUGCACAGACAGAGGAACAUGUUAAGCUCCAAACAUGAGUGAUGGGUUUACCAUGUGUUCAUGUAAGAGACUGAAACUCCUCCUUAAGGGUCAAACCUCUAGGACUUCAGGAAAACUACAGCCAUCACUGUGAACGUCGACUACGUUAUGUGGACUGAAGGUUUUUUAUUCAUUUUUUUUAUUUUUAUUAAUUACUUUUUUAAUAUACUAAGUUUUUAUAAUAACUUAAAAGAUGACUGUAUCUUGAAUGCAGUGUUAUCCUUUCUUUUUUGUAGACCUCAACUAAACUACUUACAUGGCUCCAUGAAUGAGUCUGUGAAUAACUUAUUUUCAUCCUUUACUCACUGUUUAACUCUUUCCCCCUUUUUUUUUUUUAGUAAAACACAUUUUAUCAUUGAGAAUUGUAAAGUGGUUUGUAAUCUUAAGAGUGCAACAUAUGUGUUCUUUUGUUGAGUUCUCUCGCUGUGAGUGUGCAUCUGCUCUACCUUUCUAAACACAUUUAAGUCAAUGGGUGUGAAAGUAAUUGUGUGAUAGUAGAACAUGUUAACCAUGUGAUGGACUAUUGUCUCUUCCGCCCAGUGCAUGCUGGGAUACAUUCCAGCUCCUGUACCCUGAAAGGCAAUACGCAAGACUGACUGCAUACAUGUGAUUCCAGCCAAAGUCUGCAUCUUCAGUCAGUACUGUGUGUUCUCUUUCCUGCUUGAACUGAACUAAACGUUCCCAGUGCAUUUAAGCAUUAUAGUUGAUAUAAUUAUAUGACCUUUUAACUAGUCGAUCCACAAAAUGCAUUCAAAUGUGGUAUUUCCUACUGUUUGAACCUAAGAGGACCUUAAUUUCACUUUGAGGUUAUGUCCCAUACUCCAGCAUAAAGAAUAUUAAUUGUGGAUACUUGUGUAAGGGAACAAUACUCAUCAAAUAGAAAUAGUUUUGGACAGACUAUGGAUAUUUGUAUUACUGUGUGUAGAGACACUUGACACCUUUUGUUUGAUAGUGAAACUGCCAAAUUUUGUAUGAACUGUAUGUGUACAAAGACUGUCACUCUUUUUUCCCAAAUGUAUUUUAUAAAAAAUUUAAUUUAUAAGAAAUGUA